AUGGCCCGGUGCCCACUGUCGUGCCAGAUGGCUCGGUGCCUGCUGUCAUGCCAGAUGGCUCGGUGCCCGCUGUCGUGCCUGGUGACUCGGUGCCCGUGCCGUGCCAGGUGACUCGGUGCCCGCUCUCAAGCUUGGUGACUCGGUGCCCGUUGUCGUGCCAGUUGACUCGGUGCCCGCUGUCAAGCUUGGUGACUCGGUGCCCGCUGUUGCUGCCAGAUGACUCGGUGCCCGCUGUCGAGCUUGAUGCCUCGGUGCCUGCUGGUCCGCCUGAUGGCCCGGUGCCUGCUGCUCCGCCUGAGGACCUCUGCCGGCUGCCCAGCCUGACGUGUCUCCGUCCGCUGCCCAGCCUGACGUGCCUCCGUCCACUGCGCAGCCUGACGUGCCUCCGUCCGCUGCCCAGCCUG